CAGGUUCAGCGCCAUUGUUACAGCCUGUCUGUGAGCAGUUGUAAUUGUGCUGUCUGUGUCAGUAGCGAGUCAGUCGGAGCGGAGUCUCUGUGGCAGCUGACCAUCGCUCUUCGCUAUGAAUUCUGGGCGGACUUGUUUUAUUAAAUUCUGACCUGUAACUACCCGUCGACUCUUGACAUCUUCAAGCUAAAGAGCAUCUAAACCCAACAAAGUGUUGGUCCAUCCAAAAGAUGGAGAUACUGGACAACAUGAGCAGGGAAGGGAUGGAGCUCGAGGGAUCAGCCAUCACAGCCGCUGUUAACACCAGCCUAGACGGCACCGCAAAUUUCACCAACAUGACGUUUUUCCCUUAUUAUCAGCACUCUUUGUCCGUGGCUGCCAGUUACAUCUUGGCCUACUUCUUCAUCUUUCUCCUGUGUAUGGUGGGAAACAUCCUGGUGUGUCUCAUUGUACUGGAAAACCGUCGCAUGCGCACAGUCAUCAACCUCUUUAUCCUCAAUCUGGCUAUCAGUGACCUACUGGUGGGCAUCUUUUGCAUCCCUACAACACUGGUGGACAAUCUCAUCACAGGUUGGCCCUUUUCCAACACUGUGUGCAAGAUGAGCGGUUUUGUGCAGGGAGUGUCUGUUUCUGCAUCAGUGUUCACCCUGGUGGCCAUUGCUGUUGAAAGGUUUCGUUGUAUAGUGUGCCCUUUACAACCCAAGCCAACCGUACUUGUUGCCAAGGCAGCCAUCGUAUUAAUCUGGGUGCUUGCAGUGGUGAUCAUGUGUCCAGCUGCUGUGGCAUUGACUGUGGAGAAAGUUCCUUUCAGCUACUUGGUGUACAAUGAUGACUUCAACCACACAUACCCCCUGUACACCUGCUAUGAAGACUUUGCCAACCCUCAGAUGAGAAAGGUCUACACAGUGGUUCUGUUUGUGCACAUCUACUUGGUGCCCCUCACCAUCAUCACACUGAUGUACGGAGGCAUCGGAGUCAAACUGUGUUCUUCUGCGGUUGCAAAUGGAGAGCCACAUUUGGCCAAUGCUACAGUCCAGGCUGGGGGUAGAGUGGGUGGUCAGCCAAUGAUAUCUCAGAAAAAGAUCAAGGUGAUAAAGAUGCUUAUCCUGGUGGCUUUGCUUUUCAUGCUGUCCUGGUUGCCCCUCUGGACACUCAUGAUGAUGACAGACUAUGCAGGCUUGGACAGAGACCAGCUGGACCUUCUGACCAGCUACAUCUUCCCCUUUGCCCACUGGCUGGCUUUCUCCAACUCCAGCGUCAACCCCAUUAUCUAUGGCUAUUACAAUGAGAACUUUAAGAGGGGCUUCCAGGCAGUGUGCAAGUCCAGGCCCUUCUGUUGCCUCAUGCAGUGCCAGCCUUGGAGGAAGAUGGCCAGGUGGGGCAGGAAAGAAAGGUCUGUGCAAACACCUUGUAGAGGCACUGAUCUCAGAGAUGCCACUAGCAAUCACAACCAUCUCGUCUUGGGGAUGAGAAAUCGAGUCCAUAAUGCCAACAAAUUGACUGACACAACAGAGGUAAAUAGGAGUGCAAGGGUGGGUUGUGCGGUGGUCCACUCAGAGAGAAGUGUUUCAGAUCGAGGGCUAGAAAUGCCGGUUAUACAUAAGAAAGGCAGUAAUGGUGAGGAGGCAGAAAGGGUUAGUUCUCUGGGAGCGUCAGUAUAUCAGGCAUGGGACAAAUGAGUGUUAAUGAACCAAUAAAACUUGUGCUAUUGUAUUAUAGUCAAAAGGAACAGACAAUGAUCAGUUAUCUGAUGUUGAAGGGUAAUGUGUUUACUGUUUGGAAUGAUGCUUACACGUUCCAAACAGUAACACAGUUCUAUGCACCUGACCUGGCCCACCACCACAUACAGUAUAUAAUACAUAUCGGAUGGAUGGAUGGAUGAAUAGAGAUAGAUAGAUAGAUUAGUUACUGCUCUAACCUAUUGGCCAAGUUUUGUCAGAAUUUAUCAGGUGUAUAGAGACAGACUGUACUGAAAAAGGGCAAUGUUUGAGAGACAGUUCAAGCUCACUGCAUAUAAUCCAUCUCUCUGUUUUGUCUUUAGUGCUUAUUAAAACUGAUUUCUGUCAUCCAUCACAUUUCACUGCACUUAAGUAAAGGUCUAAUUAACGACCACUGAUAUGUGCUUUGCUGCUGUCUGUAGGAAUGUUCACCACGAUACUCAUGCGCUUGUGUUUAGCUCUGUUUGAAUGGGAAUGGGACAGCCGUCAUUUCUAAACAUCAAGAGAUUGUGUGUGAUUUUCUCAGUGUAUUAUUUAUCAUGUAGCUGUGUGUUCAUGCUGUGAGGGGCGGAUGUGAGUGGCAACAAGCAACUCAGGCCGCCACGUUCAACUGUAUUGCUAUUGCUAUUCGCUUUUGCGUGUUUUAAUGAAUGUCAUUUGUUGACCUCAGUGUUAAAUUUAUUACUGUUAAAAUUUAUCAGUUCAUCACAUCCCUAUCCCUUUUCACCAUGCAUUCUAUACAUACAAGUUCAACUCUUCAUUGAGUUGUUCCAACAGAAAACAAAGCGAUGUUAGCAUUUCGUAAGACAAACAAAGUCAUAUGAUGGAAAUUGUCUUAGGAGACAUCCAGCAGUCACCAAAAGCUGUGCCUUCAAAGAGUAAUAAAGAAAAAAAUCUACCUCCAGAACAAUCCAAGUGUGCAAAUAUCAGCUCUCCUUAUUAUGUGCUUAUUAUUAAUAUUAUUAUUAGACACUGUAAAAUAAUUUACAUAAAAGCUAUCAGGUCAACUACCUCAGUUUCCAUCAGUGUGCGCAGUAAGUAGCCUCCAACUGGAUAAGUGCUGGGCUUAUGAAAUAAUUAUGCUACCAUGACAAUGAUACAGUCCCACAAUUUUUUUCCCUUCAGAUGAAACGAUUAGGAAUAAUGUUGCCAUGAGUAAUAUGUUCCUGUCUGAGGUUUUCAGUUGGGGCUGCCUAUAUUUCAGGAUGGAGUCCGUAUCACAAAGUGAGCGAAAGGCUGGGUUUUGGUAGAAAAUAACUAGAUCACAUGACGGAAAGCCACAGUGUUUAUAGCUGUUCCAAAAGGCCAAAUUUGAAGGUGGAGCAAAGAGCUUGAAGAGCACGAAAAAACAGGAUAAGGUCAAACCCGGCUGAGUUUCUCAUCUUUGCACACCUAACCAAUCAAGAAGGUUCAUGAAGAUGGAAAGAAUAUCUGAUUGACAGCUUUAGGAAAUAAGAAAAUUGUCUGACACACCCCACGUGUUUCAGCAUGUCUGAUGACAAGCUGCUUCAUCAAGUGGCUCUGGUAAGUGUUGCUUUGAGCAGCUGUGAGUGCAGUCUCAUGAUAGAGUUAUUAUAUUCACAAGCUCAUCUCACAACAUCAGCAGAUCAAGAACAGAGUAUGUAAUAAGUGAUAAGGAUGAAACAGAUGAUAGGAAAAGGUUAGUGUGGGGGAAUUCAAAGAGUGACAUAUACAUUUAAGUCACACAACGAGAACAGAAUAAAAAGCACCAGAAAUAGUACGAAUAAUACAGU